CUCGCGACGUCACUCAACAUGCGCACGAAGUGCUGCCGGUUGGGAUUUGUGUCUUGUGCUUGCAAAAUUCAUCUGUAUCCGACCACGCUGCGAACACAACCGAUUUUUGAGUCCACAUCAGUUAUACGCAUUCAUAAUUCGAAUGUGAGUUUCUUGUAGUAGAAAAAUAUUGACAGAAAAAGAGUGUCACUAUACGAAGAUGAUCGUGCUGUUUCAUGUGUUUUACGUGUUCGGUCAGUACAUAUACAGGAAUUAUCGCAACAAGAGAUUGCGAGCUUCGUACCGGAGAUACAACGAUGCGACGAUGAAGACAGAGGAAAGCGACGAAGAUAUGCGCAAUGAUAUCUUGCACAAAGUCAUAAAAUUCAAUCCGCCAGCGUAUGUGCAAAGAUACCAUGCGGUGUGGGACAUACUCAAGCAUCAAUACAAUGGAAAAAUACGAAAGGUUGUGGACUUUGGAUGUGCAGAAAUGAAGUUUGUGUUAUAUUUGAAACAUUUAGAAGGCAUUGAAAAGAUACUUUGCGUUGACACUGAUAAAUUAGUUUUAGAAGGGUACAAAAGAAGAGCUCAACCAUUUAUUGCAGAAUACUUGAAUCCUCGAAAAACACCACUUAAAAUUGAAUUAUAUGAAGGAAGUGUAACAUAUAAUGAUCGAAAGUUGGAACAAACGGAUGCUGUAAUUUGCAUCGAAUUAAUUGAGCAUAUGUAUGAAGAUGAAUUAAUGGACCUUCUUUAUAUUUUUGGAUACAUCCAGCCAAAAGUGGCCAUAAUAACUACUCCAAAUGCAGACUUUAAUGUACUAUUUCCAAAUUUCUCAGGCACCAGACAUCCAGAUCAUAAGUUUGAAUGGACAAGGGAACAAUUUCAAGACUGGGCACAAAACAUUGUGGUGAGAUAUCCAUCUUAUAGCGUGACAUUUCAUGGAAUUUGUAAGGGACCUAAAGGCACUGAAUUGGGUGCAUGCACACAAAUGGCAGUAUUUCACCAAAUUUCAUCGAUAGAAGAAUGCAACAAAAUAAUAGGAAGAGAUAAUAUGUUUAAAUUAGUGGAUGAAUAUGAUUAUCCUAUAUAUGAUGACAGACGUUCAAACAAUGAGAAAGUAUUGCAUGAAGCGAUAAGAUAUAUCACGACAAUGUUCUAUAAUCAAGAAGAUCGAGAUGAAGGAAUAGUUCUAUGUGAUGUAUUAGCUCACUUAUACAAACAAAAUUACAGUAUUACAUUAGACGAACUGACUAAAAUUCUAAGAGAAUCAAAUUGGGCUAUCAAAGACCGAGAAAACGGACCAAUAGUAUUAGUUGAGUGUUCUGAUACUGAGGAUGAAGAUGAGAUAUUUGAUAUGGAUUCUACAGAUGAAGAAAACGAAAUAUCAGAAUUCAGUGAUGGAAAUGAACAUUUACUUGAAAAUUUGCAUACUGAAAACUGGAUUGAAGAGGCUAGCAUUGUCAUACCUGCAAAUCACUCUUUUAUUCAAGAAAAUUCUUAUUUAUUCGAUGGAGAUAAAUUAGAGUUAGAAUAUACAUUACCUGAAAACACGCAUAUAACGGACGACGAUGAUGUUACUGGACAUGCAAAGAUUAGUAGUAUUACAGAACCUUUAACAUAUACCAAACCAGAAUUUUCAAGUGCUUCGACUUGUAUGUCUUUAAAUGAGAUUGAGAUGAAUGACAGAGUAGAGAGGCUCAAUGCUGAUACACAAUCAUUCGACACACCGAUAAAAUCCAACAUUAGUUUAGCAUUAAAUAAUUUGGCCGGCGACAAUACAGUAAUAGAAUCAACUCUCUCACAGAUUAAAGAUAUAAAUUUAAUAACUGCAGAAUCACAAAAAACUACUAAUUUUCAACCGUACAUGUCUGUUUCAAUUUCAUCAACGUCGCCACCAUUUGUUCUCUGUUCCGAGAUGGAUAUUUCUUUGGAUAAUUGGAACGCAAGUUUUCAAAGUGAAUUAAAUGAUACUUUUUGUCAAUCUGAAGUAACAAAUGAGCCAGCUACGAAUGUAGAAAAAUUUACCACAGAGAACAAACUUUCCUUACCAUUGAAACGAAGUUUUCCAGAAAAAGAUUGUAUUCAAAUAAGUGAAAUAAAUUCUACAGCAUCAGCCUCAAAGUCUAAAAUAAACAAUAGUUGUAAUCUGGAACAAGUGACUUCAGUUAAGGAUCAAGCUUAUGAAAAUAAUGAUUGUGGUAUUAUUAAACAUACAGGUAUGAUAUCAUCAAACAAUUUUAGUAGUCCUAAUAAGCAACCAAAAUUCACAAGUUCACCUAAAGUUUCUACAAAAACAUUUACCAAUAACAUUGAAGAAAGCGAUUCCAAAUUGAAAAAUCAUAUGCCUGAAAACAUCUUAUUGGGUGUAACAGAAUUAAGUACAAAAAAUAGAUCGGAUAUUAAUAGCAGUUCAUCAAAAGAUAUUAGUCAUAAAUUUAAUAGCACUACUACUGUAGAAACAUUUCAAUUAUGCGUGGAUUCUUUAAGCGAUAAUAUUAUCAAUACUUCAAAAUGUAAUGUAGGCUUACAUCUCGUUAGCAAUAAUACACAGCAACAUCUGUGUUUAGAGAAGGAAGAAUUUAGCAAAAUUGUAGAAUCAUCACGUGAUCCUGAAGCAGAGAAGAGUGAUGUAAUCAAUCGUGAGUCUGAUAUUACAGAUGAUGUACAAAAUGUAGAUGCACACCACAGCUCAUCAUUGAAUAAUGAAAAUAUUAAUGACAAAGAGGAGGACGUGUAUUGUACAUCAAUAAAAACAGAUGAUUAUGAUAGGACAAUGAAAGCGCAUCAAGAGGACGUGAUAAACGAUUCCGCACAGUUGAAUGUAAGGAAAAAGAGCUUAAGUCCGCCUAAAAAAUUAUCGAGUUUUAAAUCGCAGAACAAUAGCGAAUGCUCUUCUACUGAAUGUGCCAAAAAAACUAGUAUUUUAGAAACUGAUAGACUUAUUAUAUCUAAUAAUGCCAGUAGUAGUAGUAGUAGUAAUAAAGAUACAGCUAAUGUUCAGUUUGCGUCAGUAUUGAAAAAGGAUGACGAGAUUGUUGGUACAAGCAAAGAUGUAAAUACAUCAAAUAUCGUCGGAUCAGCAAAUAAUAUCGAGGCUAAAUCAGCAUCCCCGUUUGAGACUCCUCCAAACAGUUGGUCUCCUGAAAUUAUGGAUUCCGGUUACCCGAAUUCGGCAUCUGUACAAGAUAUAACACCAGAAUAUGACUUAUCUAGCAUAGCUCAGGAUCAUAUACCGGAUUCUGAAUCGCCGAGCAUCGCAGAAGCACCAAGACUCGGCAUUUUGGAACCGAUUGAGGUGGAAAAUGGUGAUUUGGCGAACAAUAACAGGGAUGAUGAAGGUAAUAACAUGAUGGCUGUAGAUGCCGACGAUAUCGAAAACUUGCAACCGCUUAUCGAUGUACUGGAAAACGAUCUCGAAAAUGAAAACGAUAUUUAUGUAAUGCAAAACGGCUUUCCUAUAUGGCUAUUGAGAUUAUUAGACAAUCCGCUUGAUUUUGAUAUACAACCUCAGCAAAAUUUAAGAGAGCGCGAAGAUGAAGUUGCAGGUGAUGCUGAUUACGUGGGUCGUGAUGAAGGUUUUGAUGGCAAUUCUUCUGGGAAUGAGAGCGAUACUGAAUUGGAAAAUGAUUACAAGCACAAAGAACAGAAAACUUCUUGCUUGGAACGUGGAAGGAAGAAUGUGAUGCGUGUGAUAUAAUUAAGAUAUUAAAAUGUAAUCGUACAUAUCAUUCUUUGACGUUCCCAACAAAGUCUGCAAAACAGACUUGGAAGGUUCUAUACAUUGAAGAACAUUCUUGCUUACAUUUGAUAUCUGAUGAAAAAUUUUGCAUUUUAGAAUAGAAUAUUUAAUAUAAAAGUAACAAUUUUUUUUAUUUAAAUACUUAAAUCGUAUUGAUAUUCAGCUACCUCUUUAAUUUUUAAGAUAAAUAUUUUUUAUUUUAUGUAUACAGGGUGUCCCGGAACACCCUUAACAACGUUCGUGUGGUGAUAGAGCGCAUCGAGACAAACGAAAAAGUCUUAUACCAUUUUGCGAUAUCUUUAAUAAAACUUUCUCUCUUUUACUCGCUUGACUUUAACAUUAAAUGUUUCGGUUAUUAUUAAAGAUAUUGCAAAAUGGUAUAAGACUUUUUCGUUCGUAUCGUUGCGCUCUAUCAUCACACGAACGUUGUUAAGGGUGUUCCGGGACACCCUAUAUAAAGCGUUAUAAAAUUAUAUUUUAAAACUUAUGUUUAAGAUUUUGUGUUUAUAGUAAGGCAAAUCUAAUUAUUAAAAAUAGAAACAUUUUUUAUUUUUUUAUAUCUCUUAUUUAGUAUAACUUAUAAUUUCUAUUUUUAUAUUGUAAAUCGAACAUUGUGUUUUGUUAUUUAUCUCUCCCAAAUUAUAGAACAGAUUGCAAGAAGUUUUUCAAAUUGUAGCUUUAUAUCAUAAAUAUAUCUUAGCUUCUCUAUUUCAUAAAAAAGAUCAAACAUUCUUGUUAACAGUAAAAAUUUCAGGAGAUUUUGAUCUUUUAACAUAUAUACAUUUACAUAUCGACAUAUACGGUAUACAUACAUAUAUAUAUAUAUAUUUUCUUACGAUUCUACAUUUUCAUUAAUUGUUUACCGAAUGUCAAAAGUUUUCAAUGCGGUAGUUUAGAUCUUAAUGUAAUUUAUGAAAGUUAAAUAUGUUAAAUUUUGAUCAGUGUAACACACAUAUGUAUAUAUACA